AUGCCUCCCAUUAUCUAUCCUUAUACCGUCACCAACAGUUACAAAGGGGGUCUUUUCAUGCGUACCUAUAGUCGCAAUGUUCGACGCGCCUGGGAUGGCGAGGACUAUCGUCCACCAAAACGCCAACGUCUCGAUCAACCUUGGAACGCGCCACUCUCCUCUCUAGCAAACUACAAUGAAAAUGCUACAAAUUCUCUCGAUCUCGAGGACAGUCUCGAACGCGCCAUCCGCGAGACCAGUGUCGCGGCCAUGUCUUCAUCACCCUCUCGGAAAAACAGUACAAUCUUCUCUGCAGAGUCACAGGAGGACGAUAUGGGAUCUAGCACCAUCACCCCACCUUCGUCACCUCCGCCGGCGCUACAACUCACGCCACCCAAUGUCAAGGUUCGGAAACCGACAUUCUCCUGUCUGGACAAGUCCAAGAGAGGAACGAAAGGUCCCAAAGCUGCGAAACGAAAGCAUGGUGAACAGUCGACAGGCCCGAGCGACGCUACAACUACGCGUCACGACUCGGAGCCACUCUCGGAGAUCCUCAAUUCCAGCACACGCGCACAAAGUGCACAGCCAUUGACCAAAGACGCGUCCAUGAGUCAAGACCAAGGCCUCACACCAGUCUCGCGAUCGACCACACACGGCCCAAAGCUCACGGUCCCAAAACAAAACCUCAUCCAAACCGUCCUCGACUUCGGUCAACCCCUCAUCCCCACAACCUGCCCACAGUGUCAAAUGUCGUAUAUUUCUUCCCUGCCUGAAGAUGCGCAGCUACACAACAUGUACCAUAAUCGAGACAGCACCGGAAUCGAACUGGGAAAACCAUUCCUGAAGUCGGCCAUGCGUUGGUGCUACCAAGUGUCUCACAUUCCGGGAAGUGUGGUGGUGGUGGAUCGCAAGAUUGCUGUCCCUGGGCGACGAGCGGUGCAAAAGGUGUUGGAAAUUAUCAAUAAAGAACUGGGGAGUGUGGACAUCAAGGAGGACGAACUGUGGAGUCAGCGCGUACCUGAAGGGGAGAAGGAGGAGGAAUCAAGCGGGCGCAAAUGUGACCGGUACAAGGCAUUCUUGCAUAUUAUCGAUGAAAAAUGCGUGGGAAUCUGUCUUGCCGAGCGGAUCACCAAGGCUCACCGAGUUCUUCCCGCGGAGACGGCAGCGAGUGAAACAAUAACUUUGAAUGGUCAUUUUCGACCUACCGGUCCUGCGACCCCUGCGGCUACUGAAACCCACGAUGAGGAGUCGACUCAGCUCCCGGCCAAGGCUCAAAUUCCCACUCCGGUACCCAGUCCGACAUCUUCGUCACCUUCAUCAAGCAUCAGUCUCUCAGAAGAAACCUAUCCAGCCGUGGUGGGGGUGAGUCGGAUUUGGACGAGCCGAGCGUUCCGGCACAAAGGAAUUGCCACCAACCUGUUGGAAUGCGUUAUGAAUCAAUUCAUCUAUGGAAUGGAAAUUGAACCUGACAAAGUGGCAUUCAGUCAGCCAACAGAAAGCGGAGCCGCACUAGCACGAGCAUGGUUUGGUGAGGACGACGGCUGGGCGGUCUACAGAGAAGAGUGA